UAAGGAAAAAAGGUUUAGCUUUAGGUUUUUCUUACGUAUUUUUAACUUUCCAAAUAAGAGUCUUUUAGAAGGAAGGUUCUCCUUUAAUCAGAUUAUGUGAAAUAUAUGAGGAGGAGGAGGUUGUGCAAGGGAUGCUGGAAAGAAAGCAGAAAUGGUGUCUGAGAUGAAUGCCUUUAACAGUUAAUUUAUUUAUGGACCGUUGGCAUGGGGUUCUAAAGGUCCCAUUGAACCCUAAUGCCAGGACCUACUACCGAGUUGCAGCAUCUCUUUGCCUCUCACGUACUUCAAAGACACUAACCGCUCCUUCAGCAAAUGCCAUCUUUUUCAAUGGAGAUAGAGUAGCAGGCACUGGUAAUCCAGUGAUUGAGAGGCUAUCUGACUUGCAAAAUAUAGCUGAAAUACUGGUCUCAAAGAUUGGUGAGUCGACCAAUGCUUGGGUUAUUGAUGCUUCUGUUUUCAAUGGGCCCUUUGCUGUGUAUCGCGACUUUGUACCAUCUGUUAAUCAAUGGGGAGAGCCAAAGUCAUACUGCCCUGUUGGAUCCCCAGCUUUUGAGUCCAUUAUUUCGCUCUUAUCAAGUUGCCUUCAAGAGGUAUAUAUAGACCUGACGUUGUAGUGUUCCUGGCAUCA